GGGCCGCUGGCCAAAAUAUGGCUGGCUGCCCACUGGGAGAAGAAGCUCACCAAAGCUCAUGUAUUUGAGUGCAAUUUAGAGACUACGGUUGAAAAGCUCAUCUCGCCAAAGUUUACAGUAGCUCUGCGAACCUCUGGACACUUACUGCUCGGAGUUGUGAGGAUUUACCACAGGAAAGCAAAGUACCUCUUGGCAGACUGUAGUGAAGCGUUGACAAAAAUGAAGACGGCCUUUCGCCCAGGACUUGUUGACCUUCCAGAAGAGAACAUUGAGGCUGCUUAUCAGUCCAUUACAUUGCCUGAAGAAUUUCACGAUUUUGAAACACCACUACCUGAUUUAAAUGCCAUUGACGUUGCUGAACAUUUUACCUUGAAUCAGAGCAGCGCUGAAGACAUCACACUUACAGAGGAUUACGAAAGCGAUAUACUUCUCUGUGAUAGAAACUUUGAUGAAGAGCCAGAUGCAGUAAGAAAACAGAGCUUCUUUGACAGCAGCAUCUUAACGAGCAGUAACAGUCUGGUGGCUGAUUGUAACUCUGCGAGCGUGAACGGCGACAAGUCGGCACUGUGUGAAGAUGCUUACUGUUUCCAGCACGACUGUUUUGGAGACGAGGAGGAAGCUGUGGAUAUGAUUGAAAUCCUGCUGAGGGAUGAGCAAAAUGGCCUAGAUAAAGACAUGCCUGAUAUGGAGGAAGAACGUCCUUUGUCACAAGACCCGCCAGAGAACAGCAUGGCCAUUGAGUCUAAAUGCGCAGACACCACCAUGAAGAAAGUCAGUUAUCUGGCACAUGAAACGGUGCUUUUCUCGAAAGAAGAAGAAGGAUUUGUGCUUGAGCCAGUUGAUGACACAGCUGUCACCCAGAGGAAAAAAAAUAAAAGAAAGAGGAAGCUGCUUGUGGAUGUAGACAAGGAACUCAGCUGCAAUGCUAUAUACAAGCAGCUUAACAACUGCGUGGACAUCCUUGCUGCACUAGACCUCGCACCCCCAACCAAAAAAACAAUGAUGUGGAAGAAAUGGGGAGGCGUGGAUAAACUCCUGACCCACGCUGCACAGCCCGUGGUUCAUGCUGAGCUGCAAAUGUUGUUUGCAAAAUGCUUCAAGAUGAGAAGAAAUGGAAUCCAGAAGGUGUCUGAAAAGGAAGAAACGAGAAAAGAGCAAGCUACCACAGAGAUGCUGGCAGUAGAAGAGCCAAGUUACCUGCAGGAGUCAGCUCAUUUGGAGACUGAGAGAAAAAUUAGAGAUGAUUCGUUUAUGUUGACAUCACAGAAUAACAGAAACGAAACUGAUGAUAACUGUGGUGAAACUAUACAGGAUGGAAGGGCGUUCUCCGAGAGCUCCUCGCUGGCGAACAACUCGCUGGGCCAAGAAGCUGAAACACAGCAAGCGGAGUUAACAAAUGAGUUAACAAGGAACGGGAAAGACGGCGAAGAAAUAAGGUGGAGCAAUAGAACUCUCCAGUUAUUGAACACUUUACAGCACCUGCAGAGAUCAGGCGUGCGUUCCUUCAGUUUACGGGAGCUCUGUCGGAAAAACAGCCGGAAAGAAGCCGCGGCCAAGUUCUACCUCUUGCUUGUUCUGAAGAAGCAGUCGGUUAUCGAGCUCAGCCAGAGCGCUCCCUUUGCCGACAUUACAGCCACCCUCGGCCCCAUGUUCAGCGCUCACUGA